AUGUCAGCAGCUCUGCCUACGUGUUCUUUUACAUGCCAAAAUCCAGGACAUCCAGGACAUCCAGGACAUCCAAGAUAUUUCGGUACUGUCGAGUCAUCAGAUCUCCUCACGGAUCGGAACACUCGUGAGUUUCAGUUGGGUACCUCGCUAUGCGUUGGGCGUGGCGUGGACGGGCUCAUUAUUGGACUGGUGUGGUGUCAUCAACUGUCACAUGGGCUCGCAUGUGUUGGCACUAGUGUACGUGCGGUGCCCUCGCCAUCUCGAGCGCGUGUCACCACACAGAACUCGCGUCAACGGUCUACAUCGCUGGCCAGUGAGGAUGGCGUGGUGGGCUUUGUCCUGCCUGCCGUAUGUGUCGAGUCGCAAGUGUUGUAUUCUUCUCAUCAGCCGCAGACAUCUUCUCCGACGUGUCAUCCUACCGUCAACACAUCGAGCAGUUCGGUACCACUCGACGAGCCAGACGUAGCACAUUGUUCAACGCGAGUUUCAGUUGGCCGGUGUUAA